AUGUCGAUUGACCAGACCAGCAAGACUCUUUCCAGAAUGGUACUGGGCGACGCAAAACUUCUUGACACCCAUACAUCCGGCCACGGAACUGUCGAGAUUGACAGUCGAGGAGACUUGCUUCUCGUAGUCCCGGGAGACGAAGAGGUUCCCUCAAAGACCCUCAGAGUCUGCUCAAGAGCACUCUCGCGCGUGUCACCACUCUUUGAACGCAUGCUAUACGGCUCACUUGCAGAGUCCCGAGCUAAGCAUGCAGAACGAUGGUCUAUAGAUUUGCCAGAGGACGACCCAUGGGCACUGGAGCUUUUCGCGAACAUUUGUCACGGACUUUUGACUAAGGUUCCCCAAUCUCUGACCAUCGAUGAGCUCUUCCAUCUCACCAUGCUCACACAUUACUACGAUGCAACGGAGACUCUGGCACCCUGGACGGAUCGCUGGACAAACAACAUUCGAGACGCGCGCACGCAUGACGAGCUCGAUCUGGACAAGAUUUUAUGGAUCAGUCUGGAGCUGGGUCAGAAAGGCCUGUUCCACACGACUGCAAGGACAUUGGUGAUGGAAUCGCCGGGACUGCUCAGCCAAGAAGAUCUAGACGAGCAACUUGGCGUCUUCCCUGACCUUACACAGCGCAUCGGAGCCAUUCGCACACAGACGAUCCAAGCCAUGCUAAACCUCUUUCGCGAGUUGUCGAACAUUCUUGUCGUUCUCGAUGAGCAGCCACGAUGGUGUCGCCAUGCCUCAACGCAUCUGUACCGCGAGCUUGUGGGUAUCGUCAUCCACGACAUCGGUCAGCCGGAGAAGAAGGGCGAUGACCAUAGCGGAUGCAAUCCGAGGCAGUUCCUGAUCGAUAGACUGCAGCGCACACUUGCUGCGAUACCUGAUCCUGCGCUGGAGGCUAACAAACGGCAUCUGGAGGCCCAGAUCGAGAUAAUGGGGCUUGCAUAG